AGUAAGAAGAAAGAAAAUAGACACAACGCAGAAAUGCCGGGCCUCACUAGGGUUUAAGGCUAAGCCCCCCUGGAGAUCACUGUAAAUCCUUUCGCAUUUUCAAUUUCUCAUUUUUCACAAUAAUGGCGACUUCAAUAUCUAUGCUCUCAAGAAGACUCUAUCGUUCACUUCUCUCAAACCCUAGAGUUUCUCAGAUGUCAAUGCCUUUCUGCACUAGCAGCAUCUCCUCCCAAGAAGGCUGUGACUCGGAGGCAUCCAGCCUCGACUCUGACAGAGAUACUGUUCCUGACUCGCAAUCGCCAUCAUCAUCACCAUCUCAAAGCUCCGGUGAGCAAAGAGCGGUUUAUGAUGCACCUCUUGAGAGCGGCCUCGAUAUGGGCAUUUACAAGGCUAUAGUGAUGGGGGAGGUAGGGCAGAGUCCUGUCCAGAAGAAGCUGAAGAGUGGGAGGACGGUGACACUUUUCUCUGUGGGAACAGGAGGAAUCCGGAACAACCGAAGGCCAUUGGAUAAUGAAGAUCCUAGGGAGUAUGCAAACCGAUGUGCAGUUCAGUGGCAUCGGGUUUCCAUUUAUGUGGAAUUGCUAGGGAAUCUUGUCAUAAAGCAAGCUCAACCUGGGUCAAUUGUUUAUUUGGAGGGGAACUUGGAACCAAAAAUUUUCUCUGAUCCUAUAACUGGUCUAGUUCGACGAAUAAGAGAAAUAGCUAUUCGUCGAGAUGGCCGCAUUGUGUUUCUGGGAUCAGAAAAAGUCCGUGAUGCUGAGCAACGGACAUCUGGCGAUAUAAGAGGUGUUGGCUAUUACUAAAAGGAUACGUGGAACCUGGUGAUUCAUUAACAUAAUGCACAGAUAUAUAAGCUUUGCCUUUGGUAAUUAAGUUUAGCGCACAAAAACUUGAAGCCCGGAAAAAUUUGAGAUGGAAAUUUGAAUUCUAUGAUAGAAGUAGCCUUUUCUUGUCUACUUUGGUAUAUUGUCUCAGUAUAAAGAGGAGCAAAGAAGCCAGCAGAUUGAUUGAUCUUGACAAGAUCACUUGAAUUUUGAUGAUUGAUGUUAAUGUUAGGGUUUCGAUUCCAAGUGCACAAAGAAGCCAGCAGAUUUAUUGUUCUUGAGAAUAUCACUUGAAUUUGAGUUAGAUGAUUGAUGUUAAUGUUAGGGUUUCGAUUCGAAGAGCAGCAAAGACGCGGCAACAUAUCAAUUGUUCUUGCCAAUGUUAUCUGAUGAUUGAUUUCAAAUUUUCAGGAUGCCAUCAGCUUGAAGAA